AUGUUCCAGGCAGACUACUUCUUGAAGGAGCUGGCUCUUGGCGAGUACACCAUGCCUGUGCUUGGCAUGCUCAGCGUCUUUGAUUGGUCCGAGAUGGGCGACAAGGAGAAGACCUGGUCUGGCCGCGAGUGGUUCGUGGUGAAGAAGGCUGAGGUCCGCAUGGCCGAAGAUCAGACUCUCAUCCCGCAUGUUCGCAUGGGCGUGGAGGCUCGCGAGCAGAUUGUGACCCCCAAGGGCCUGGAGGAUGCUCCCGUGACCGUGCCCACACAUCCGCUCAAGAAGUUUGCGGAGGCCUUCACCCGCAACUUCGAUCUAAUUGCAGAGCGCAAGAGCGUCAUCUUCCACCUUCGCGAGCUGGCCAAGGCAUCCGUCAUGGCGAAGUACCUAGUGGACUCGAAGGCUCGCAUCGACCCGUCGUGGUACCGCCUGGCGGACGAGAUCGUGAAGGGUGCCCCACCAGAGCCGCACAUCGAGAUCCCGCAGCUGUGGAACAUGCGCGGAAACUCCCGCAUCAAGCUCAAGAACGGACGCCUCAUCGACAUGGUCACAGGCGGCCAGAGCAAGCUGCAGGCAAUCUACGGCGGUGUGGAGUUCGGACUGGACCGUUUUGAGCUUGCUCAGCGACAUGCGCUGCAGGGCCAGCCGACUGGAAUGCAGCUGGGCCAGUCAGGACGGCCGAUGUUCAUGCCACAGCGUUUCCAGCUGGGCCAGCGCGAAAUGCCACAAGGUGUGGAUCUCAAUUUGGACAAGUUCUCGCUCUCCACCGAGGAGCGGUUCCGCGGCAGACUCCCGCCCUGCAGCGGCGAUGCCAAGUCGCUCGAGGGUCGCACCACCCUGGGCAAGGCUUUCCUUAGCAGCCUGCGUCGGAAGUCAUGGAACGGCAUGAAGAUGGACGACCAGAAGCUCCUGUUGAACAUCUUUGAUGUUUCCCAGUGCGAUCGCACCGAAGAGGGCGAUGCUUUCACGCCCCCGGACCCCAAUCUGGAGUACAUCGUGAAGGUUCGAAGCCUCGUUGGUGAGGAGCGUGGCAUGCGCGAUCGGCGACGGGUUCGUUUCGCCGACAAGAACUUCGUGAUGGCAAAUCCCGGGAACGAGUUCCCAAGAUCUUGGACUUCCCGCUUUCAGGUGGAGAACGAGGGGCGCAUCUCAUACACUGCUCCCACGAAAUUUGGCUUGGUCAAGUUGGACGUCGACGAGAACUUCAAGCACAGCUUGCUCGAGGACGUGAUUCCCAAAGCAGUGCCUGAGUUUGAUCAGGUCACCGAAGACGGAGUCGCAUUCCGAAUCUACAAACUUGGCAGCCUGGAGGUUCGCACCAUCCAAGAGGUCGAGGAACCUGAGAUGGUUCAUGUGGUCUUCUCCUCGCGCGCGGUGUCCUGGGAGACUAAGGGAUCCAAGCCACAGGACGUGCUCGGCAAGGAGAAGCUGAGCCGGUGCCGAGUCUACGUCGAGGCCAUGGAGCACGAGGCCUGCAAUAACUACUACGUCGUACUGGAGACCAUCGAGAAGACCGUUGUCGUGUCUGAGCGUGCAUCCGAUGGAUCUUUGUGCUGGCUGCAGAACCCUCACAACCUUGAGGAUCGCAAUUCUUUGGCCAAGCUGCUCUUCACCGCAGACUGCAAGGAGGGCCUGCGCAUGAGCGACGUCAGACAGCACUUUGAGGCGCAGCCAUGUGACACAGAUGGUGAACAUCGCAAGCGCUAUGCCAAGGCGCUCUACGUUUUCACCACUGGUCGGAGCUUGAAGGGCAAAUGGGGAGGCAGCGCACGCCGCUACACGGCGCCACCGAUGCGUGGCCUGGGAGUGCAGGCGCUCGGCCGCAGCUCGGAGUUCAUGAACGUGAUGUGGCUCGCCAGGAACUCUGGGCUCCGGGGUCUCUGA